AUGGUCGCCGUCACUUGGGAUGGAGGGAUCGAGGUGGUGGGUGGGCAAGGCUUGACCUUCUCAGACUUGGAAGGCUUAGACUUGGCCGGGGGAGCCUGGGCGGCAGGGCGCUUUGCAGCAGCAGGAACAAUCCCCAGAGCACGCUCGACGUCCUUGAGCGACGGGUUGGAGACAAACAGGUCCGAGGGGACAUCCAUGCCAGUCUUCUCCCUGAGGGUGCCCAGGAUCUGGAGGCUCAUGAGCGAAUCCAUACCCAAGCUGGCCAAGUCAGGGGCGGCGAUGAUCUCCUCGACAUCCAUGCCCAUCUCGGUGGCGAUGGUGUUGCGGAUGGCCUCCUGGAGCUCGUUGGUAUCAGCCGCAGCUCCCUUGCCGUCCAUCUUCUCGCCCUUGACCGAAGCAGUGUCGCUCCCGUCAGCAGGGGUAGUGACGUCGGACUCAGAGUCCAUAUCGCCCGAAACCGAAGAGCUGCUGCUGGAGCUGUCCUCACAUGCGGCUGACCCCUCGAACUGCGCGAGGAAGGCCUUGAACGCGCCAAUGAUCCAUGUCCUCGCGAAUGCGACCGCUGACAGUAAGCGACAUCAGCGAGUCGACACCGAGAUCGGUGAAGGCAAUGUUGUCAGCAAGCUCGUCGUGACUGACACCAACCUCCUUGGCAAGAAUGUCAAGCACCUGGGAGACGACCGAGGUGAGCUUCUGGUUGACCUUGGAGAUGUUCUUGGGUGUGACACCCUUGCUCUUCUCCUUGGUGGAGGAAGUCUUGGUCUUCUCCUUGACAGCCGGCUUGGCAGCGGGGGCAGCAGCGCGGACGGGGGCGGCGAUGGCGGCAGAUCCACGAGGGGGCAGCAUCAUGUUGAGGACCUUGCGGGGGAUGGCCUGGAACUUCAGGUCACCGCACAUGCCAAUGAUCUUGUCGCCGUCGAAGACGUAGACGUCACCAGCGUAGACCUUGUUGCCCUUGACAGGCUGCAUGCGGAUGUAGCUGCGGUACUUCUUGCUGGCCACGGGGAGCUCAGAGAACCUGAGCGAUCCCCAUCCGUGAGAGAUGAAGACCUGCUCGCGCGAGUCGACGGCGUCGGUUCCGUUGAUGAUGAAGCCCGAGAUGUGGCACAAACUGUCGAUCCAGUAAGGGCUGAAGACGUACUUGCCGUCGGCCUCGGUGGUCUGGAACUUGACCUGAGCAGUAGCCUCGCAAGUGUCGCUGUCAAGGACAACCUCCUCCAUACCGCGGUAGCGGGGAGUGUAGUCGACAAGGGCGGCAAACAGCUUAUAAGCCAGGCCGCGGCCAAUCUUGGACGCCUUGCCAUCCUUCUCAGCCUCAAUGAGACCGUCAACGCGAGACUUGAUGAGGUAGGAGACGCGGUCAAACUCGCCCUGCCAGUCCUCGGUGUUACCGAAGUAGACCUUGCAGUUGGCAUGGUCAAUACGCUUAGCACCCUCGCCGGUGUGGAAGACCAGUUCGGCGCUGUUCUGGGCAGCGUUGGCAGUGACUGUGAGCCUCAGGAUGUGGCUCUCAGCGGCGUCGUCAAAGAUGAGGGUCUUGGGGACCUCCAUGUGGGCGACGUUGACGCCAAUGUUCUCAGACUCGGGACGGAGCAGCUUGUAGGCAUAUUGACAAGUGGUGAUGGCCAUGUCUCCGUACAGCGAAGAGGGGCAGAGAGGAGCACCGUUGACCAAGUGGCCGGAAACAACACCACGAAGGUCCUCGCGGGACAGGUUGGACUCGAUCUCGACGACAGCAACGUCACCCUUGAUCUCCUCACGGAUGACCUUCUGGACAGUGGUCGUCUCAAGCUUGGGCUUGGCGACGGCAGCAGUCGCGGGGAGGGCCUUGGCGACGCGGUUCUUGCUGAGACACCAGUCUCCCUCGUACUGCAGCCAGUAGUUCUUCUCGUCGAAUGCAUACGAGGGAAGGUCGAGGUGCCUGACGGAAGAGAGGAAGUCAUUGUGGUACUCGUUCCAGUCGAUGUUCAGACCAGCAGUGUGGAGAGUGCAGAGACUGGCGCUCAGGGUCUUGUAAGUAGACUCGUUGCGGCGGACAGUGGGCACAGCGACAGUCGAGACACCAAAGGCAGCCUUGACCAUGUUGGCGCAGACGGGGUGGGGGCCGACCUCGAGCCAGACAGUCUUCUCAUCGAUGGCGCCGGCCGACUGGGCAGAAACAAGGCCACCAAGGAAGUUAACAGCGUCACGAGCAUGAUCGCGCAGGUACUUGGGGUUGAUGGGCUCAUCGUCAAUGAGCUUGCCAAGGAGGGGCGAGAUGACGGGAACCCUGGGGGCGUUGAAGCGGACAGCGCGAGCCAGCUUCUCAAAGUCAUCCAGGAUGGGGUCGACCUGGGCCGAGUGGAAGGCGAAGGGCACCUUGAGCUGAGUGCACUUGAAGCCAGCGGCACCAAGCUGCUGCGCAAUCUCGGCCAUCUCGGAAGCCUCACCACUGAGGACAGUCUCGCGGGGUCCGUUGAUGCAUGCAACGUUGGUCGAGGCGGCGCGAGCUCCAAGAGCCUCCUGGACAGUGGAAACCGUCCCCAUGACAGCAAGCAUGGCGUGGGUACCGGCAGUGCACUUCUCAACGAGAAGCUUGGCACGAGCACCAACGAGGUAGAUGGUGUCGCUGGCAGACAGAACACCGGCAACGUGGAGAGCAGCAUACUCGCCAAGGCUGUGGCCCAUGACCGCAGCAGGCUUGAUGCCCCAAGAAGCCCAGAGCUUAGCCAAAGCCAUCUCGAAGCAGCAAAGACCAAGCUGGACGAUGAGUGGCUCGAGCUUGGCGACAUCAGGCUCGCUGCCGUCAAUCAGAGGCAUGAAGGUCGGGAAGCCGUGGAUCUGAGAAAUCCUGUCAAACUCGUUGAUGGCCUGGCGGAAGAUGGUGUGGUUGGCAUACAGCUCCUUGCCAAGACCAGCGUAGUGGGAGCCCUGACCGGUGAACAUGAAGGCAACCUUGGGGGGCUCGGGAGAGACGGGGACAAAGUUCUCCUGCAGGCGGGCCUUGAGGGCCUGCUUAGCUUCGCCCAGGUCCUGGGCCGUCACGUUCAUGCGCCAGUAGUGCUGAAUGCGGCGAGCGAUGGGGGUAUCAUCGUUCUCGUCCAUCCACUGGAUCAACCUUUCGGCGUUGUGGAUCAUGGCCGACUUGGACUUGCCGGUGAUGGUGAUCACGUGGACAUUGCGAGGGUCCUGAGUGGCAGGCUCGACGGGAGGAGCAUCCUCGAGCAGCAGACCGGUGUUACCACCAGCAGCGCUGAAGUUGUUGAUGAAGACCCUGCGGGGCUUGCCAUCCGAUCGCUUGAAUGGCGUCAGGUGGAAAGCGAUGUUCACGUUGCGCUCACCCAGAUCCUUGGGGAAGGUCUUGUUGAUGACGGAUCCCUUCUUAAUACCGACGUGGGGAGGGAUGGCGUUCUUCUGGAGCAUGAGCAGGACCUUGCACAAAGCAGUGACACCGGAGGCAGCCUCACCGUGACCCAAGUUGGCCUUCACGGCACCAAGGUACAAGGGACGGUCGGCGGGCCUCUUCCUGUGGGCAGGGGCAAAGACGUUGGUGACGGAGACCAUCUCGGUUCCGUCACCAGCCUGAGUACCGGUACCGUGCAUCUCGACGUAGUCAACAUCGAGAGGGUCAACACCAGCCUCAUCCAGGAUGGCAGAAGACAGAAGACCGUGGGGGUGGGUGAUGGAGAUGGCAUCGGCAGAGUGGUUGGUGGCAGUGCCGAGAAUGACAGCCAGAACACGAUCAUGGUCGGCAAUGGCAUCAUCGAGCCUCUUGACGAUGACGGAGGCGCAGCUGUCACCACGGCAGUAUCCAUCGGCAUUGUUGUCGAAGGUGGCGCAGGGGCCCUUCUUGGAAAGGAACUGUCCACGACUCAGACCCGCAAAAAUAUCGGGGUUGGUCAUGCAGGACAGACCACCCACGAUUGCGGUGUCACAGUCGCGUGCCCACAGAGAAGAGCAGGCAACGUUCAUGGCAGCGGCACUGGACGAGCAGGCAGUGUCCACGUUCAGACUGGGGCCGCUGAAUCCCAGGUGGUAGUUGAUCCUACCAGGGCCAAAGGCUCGGACACCUCCCGUGAUGAAGUAUGUGUCAACCUCCUGGGCGGCGUUGAUUUCACGCCAGUCAUCCGAUGUCUGGCCGUAGAAGGUACCGAUGCGGUCCAACCUGGUCGAGGGUGUCCUGUUAGGCACGUAACCGCUCAUCUCGAGAGCCUCGUAGGCGGUCGUCAGGGCCAUCCUCUGCAUGGGAUCGGUCUGGAAGGCUUCACGCGGCGACAUGUUGAAGAAGCGAGGGUCGAACAUGCCAGGCUUCUCAAUCCAGCAGCCGUAAGGAGUGUGACUGGUGUUGGUGACCUUGCCAUUGGGGUCGUAGUGAGUCUCCACCGGGAAACGAUCGGCAGGGACGACGCGGUGAACGUCCAGCCCCCUGGAAAGAAGCUCCCACAGCUUCUCGUGGCUGGCAGCAUCAGGGAAACGUCCGGCCAUACCGACGAUGGCCAGCUUAUCACGGCUGCCGCGUCCAUGGUUUCCAAUGGCGGAUUCGGUGCUCUCCUUGGAUAUUUGAGGAGCCUUGCGGAGGGUGAUCUCCAAAUUCGUCUCGGCCUUGAGGAGGUUGGCGAGGGUGGCCGCGUGCUGUGUGGGACCAAAGGGGAUGAUGAGGCACGACUUUCCGUCAAAACCACGAGCCAGAUUUAA